ACCUUGCGUCCAGUGGUUGAUUCGCUGGAUGUAUUGUUGUCAUGAAUGAAUAAAAACGUGCGUGUGAGUCCGGGCGCAGUUCAGUCUGUAAGCAUGGAUACCACUAUUGGAGUCUCGUUUUUGGACCCGUUGAAUGAUUACGAGUUAAUUCAACGUAUUGGGACUGGCACGUAUGGUGAUGUGUUCAAGGCUCGAAACAUCAGGAGUUCAGCAAUGGCAGCCAUCAAAAUAGUCAAACUGGAUCCUGGUGAUAUCACAUCCAUCCAGCAGGAGAUCACUAUGAUGAAGGAAUGUAAGCACAAGAACAUCGUGGCCUAUUUCGGCAGCUAUCACAGGAACACAAAAUUAUGGAUAUGCAUGGAGUACUGUGGAGGGGGGUCGUUACAAGACAUUUACCACGUGACUGGGCCGUUCAAGGAGAAGCAGAUAGCCUACAUCUGCAGAGAAACCCUCCAGGGCUUGUACCACCUGCAUGAGACAAGUAAAAUGCAUAGGGACAUAAAGGGAGCAAAUAUCCUCAUCACAGAACGAGGAGACAUCAAACUGGCUGAUUUUGGAGUUGCUGCAGAGAUCAGUGCUUCUGUAGCCAAGAGGAAGUCUUUUAUAGGAACUCCCUACUGGAUGGCACCGGAGGUGGCAGCAGUGGAGAAGAAGGGGGGGUACAACCAUCUGUGUGACAUCUGGGCGGUGGGCAUCACGGCCAUCGAGCUGGCAGAGCUCCAGCCACCUAUGUUUGACCUCCACCCUAUGAGAGCCUUGAUGUUGAUGUCAAAAAGCAGCUUCCAGCCUCCCAGGCUCAAGGACAAGACCAAGUGCAUCCAUAUUCUCCAGGAUGGGUAUGUGUUUCUGCUGUCUCAUCUCUGUCGCCCUCCCCGAAGGUCUGCAGGGUUCCAGAGCUUUGUGAAGAUGUCCCUCAUCAAGAACCCUAGGAAGAGGCCGUCGGCCGAAACUUUACUGCAGCACCCGUUUGUGACCCAGUUGCUGACCCGUAACCUGAUUAUUGAGCUGCUGGACAUGGCCAAUAACCCUGACCUCCACUCCACACACAGCAUGGACGACAACGAUCUGGAGAAUGGAGAAGCUGCUCCUGAUAAGAUCCAGUCUGCAGGGAAACUCCUGCCUGCAGAGAGGACUCUGUCUGAAGAGCAGCUUGACCAGGUGAAGUUUGGGCCUCCGUUGAGGAAAGUGACAGAGCCUUAUCCUGAUAUGCAAAGCUCGUACGGAGACGAUUGGGACGUCUCAGAAGAGGACACUGAGUCACCGAGCCUGUUGGAAUGUGUGGAGGAAGCUCUGCAGCUGAGGAGCUUAACCAUUAAGAGAGUGCCAUCUGCUGGUGGGGGUAAAGGUGGGAGGAAGAGUGGGUUAUUCAGCCCUUCCACAGCCUCCCUGCCUGCCAUCAGCUCAUUCUGUCCCACCCUGGAGGACAAGGACCUCACCCUUGGCCCCAGCUCCAGCCUGGGGCCCGACUCCACCCACACACCCAAAAACUUCACGUCAGUCUUGGCCAGGUGUUCUGCAACUCAGGACAUCAGCAGACAGUGGUGUAGUGACCCCAGUGUUUCUGAGGGGGGUGCCGUACAGGCAGAGAAGAAGAAGACAGAAGGGGUGACCUCAUCAUGCAGAGAAACCUCUCUCUCUCCAGAGUGGAGCACACUGAGGAGGAAGACGAACUCUAGAGCUGAUUGUCAUGGACUCCCUCCUACCCCUCAAGUUCAUAUGGGUGCCUGUUUCUCUAAAGUCUUCAAUGGUUGUCCUUUGAAGAUCCACUGUGCUGUGACCUGGAUUCUCCCUAAAACUAGAGAUCAGUAUCUUAUUCUGGGGGCAGAAGAGGGUGUCUACACCCUCAACCUCAACGAGCUCCAUGAGGACACCCUGGAGAAGUUGCUCCCACAGAGAUGUACCUGGCUGUUUGUCAUGAACAAUGUCUUGAUGUCCGUAUCAGGGAAGUCUUCCCAGCUGUACUCCCACAGUCUGACGGCUCUGUUUGAACAGAGGGGCCACAAGCAGCAGAAACAGAGUCACCUGUCCCUCAGUACCAACCGCCUCACUGAGAGGAUCAACCCCAGGCAGAGGGGGAAAUAUGCUGUAACUGUGAAGAUACCAGACACUAAAGGCUGUCGAAGAUGCAGCGUGGCAAGAAACCCACACACAGACAGCACGUUCCUGUGUGGGGCUGUACCAUCAGGUCUAAUUCUACUCUUGUGGUAUGAGCCUCUGCAGAAGUUCUUGCAGCUCAAGCAUAUAGACAUACGUCUACCGGAUUCGCUCCCUAUCUUUGAGCUACUGGUGUUAGUGAAGGAUGAGUUCCCACAGCUAUGUGUCGGGGUGGGGGACUGUGCUGCAGAGGGAGGGAAACCACCAACCAACCAGCAGCUGAAGUUCGACAUCAUAGAGUUGAACGGCACACCAAAUUCUUCACCAGAGAGUACGCCGGACCGGGGCCGGACCGGAGCCGGACCGGGAGCCAUGCAGGCAACACAGCUGGACAGAGACACGGUUCUCAUUGUACUGGAGAAGACUGUGAAGAUUGUCAACCUACAAGGUCUUCCCUCCAAGGAGCUGGCUGCUGAACUUGUCUUUGACUUCCCCAUUGAAACACUAAUUUGUUUACAGGACAGUGUUCUGGCUUUCUGGAAGCAUGGUCUUAAAGGGAGGAGUCUUCACACAAAUGAGGUCACGCAGGAAAUCACAGACGAAAGCAGAGUAUUCCAGGUCUUGGGGACGAAUAGGGAUAUUGUCCUUCAGAGUACUCCCACAGAGGACCCGUCAGCCAUGACCAACCUCUAUAUCCUGACUGGCCAUGAAAGCAGCUACUGAGAGAAGAGAGAAAAGGACUGAAAGAAAAUAAUAGAUAUUGGGAUUUAAGUAAGAAGAGAAGAAGAGUGUUUCUUGAGAUGGGAAGUGCUUCUCUGGCACCUAAUAAACUCACUGUAGACUUGUCUCAAACUGAGCUAACCCCCUCUACCUGCAUAUGGGGAACAUACAGACCAUGGGGGACUCUCACACACUAAACCACAGGGAGAUAACUGAGCUGGUGUGUGUUUGAGGAAGGACUUGUAAAAAAAGACUUGUCAGAGAGAGCCCCCUGUCGUGACCUCUAACCCCUUGAAUGGCACAAACUACUUUUAACCUUACACAACCCCAUUGUCUAUUUUUACUGGUAUGACUGAUAACUGAAGUCUGACCUGUCUCCUGAAACAACAUUGUGAACACCACCCUGCUCUGUCCAUUAACUGUAGUAUUACUAUGUGACGUCAUGGCAUAGGUGGCGCUGCUCCAAGAUGUCAACAUAAAUAGUUUAGAAAAUAUGUGCCAUAGAAUCAGAGUGCCAAAACAUUCUAAAAGUGCUUUGAAAGACUUUACUGAGAUCAAUUUAAAGGCGUGUUUCCCAGACCCAGAUGAAGACUAUUCCAGCAUUAAAAAGAGCUUGCAACAUGUGUUUGUUUGCCACAAAGUGCUCAAAGACUGGUAGUGAUACUAUGUUGUGUUUAAUGAUUUUGGUUUGGUUUGGUUUGGUUGUGCAGUAUGAGGCCCAAUGUAACACUCAUCAUCCAUGAAAUACACUUGAAGGAGCAUG